ACCAUUGGCAGCAGGAGCAGGAGCAGCAGGAGCAGCAGGAGCAGGAGAGCCUUGCUAUAGCACCACAGUGCCGAACCUUCCCGCAAUCCGUUCGCUCCCCAUAAUCUGAUCGCUGGUUCACCUUCCUGAUUUCCCCCGAGCGCAGCACGCCAUGCCACGGGAGCAACCCAACCCGAUGCGACAACGAAUGCCCCCGUUCGGCCGCCACGGCAUCGGCCCGGCCGCUCGGCCACCGGCGCGGCGGACACGCCAAACACAACUCCCGGCCGCCUUCGCGGUUUUGGUGGCACUUUCGUUACUUGGGGUCCCGGAGGCCGCGGACGGCUUUGCCCCCACGGCACGGAGGGCGGUUCGGCCCCCAGAAGCCACCGGAAGCGGGUUCGGGGGAGGAAACGCAAACGCAAACGCGAACGCAAACGCGAACGCAAUUGCGCACCGAAAUCCCGGCCCGAUCCGGGGUUUUGGGGCCGCCAAAACCAAUGCUACGCCCACGCGGCUCGGGAUGCUCCGGAUGCCGGCCCUGCCGGUGGCCUCGACGUCCUGGCUCUUCAACGACCGGAUCAUGCGGGUGGCAGAAUCCUGGGCACCGUCGGUGGGCGUGCUGAUGGCCACCCUCAUCUACCUAGCCCCGGCCAAGGCGGUCUGGCGCAUCGUACAAAAGGCCCGAAAGGGCAAGGCCGGCGGGAGCACCACCGAGGGAGACCCCGACCCGCUGAACGGGCUGAACCCCCUGCCGAUUGCCAUCAUGCCGGCCGUCGCCGUGAGCUGGUUCGCCUACGGCCUGGUGGCCAGCGAUCCCUACCUGGUCCUGGGGAACCUCCCGGGAGCGGUCCUGUCGGUGGCCUAUUUGAUCGGGAUCCUCCCGGUCAUGCAAUACAACGCCUCGUACCCGGAUUCCCCCUCGGCUCUGGCCAGGGUCGCCGCCGGUGCCAUGGAAAACCCAGCGGAGACCCUCCUCAAGCCGCCGAAGCGGUCGGGACGGCUCUUCUGGACCCACUUCACCGUUCUGCUCUCGGCGGCGGCGACGCUGGGCCUCUGGGCGACCCUUGCCCUCAUGACCUCGGGGGCCUACGGCGACUUUCACGUCGGGGGCCUCGAGUUCGGGAUGGGAUACGCCGGGAUGCAGCGCAAGGGAAUCAUCGCGGAGGGCCUGGGGGUCUACGCCGCGGGCCUCUUCAUCCUGCUGGGGGUCAGCCCGCUGUCGACCAUCCGGACGGUUCUGGAGACCAAGAACAGCCAAUCGAUCCUCGGCCUCCUGACGGCGGCCCAGGUCGUCAACACCGGCCUGUGGACGGCCUACGGGCUGGCCGGGAACGACGUCUUUGUGUGGGGCCCGAACGUCAUCGUGAGUGCAGCGACCCUUGUGUGUGUGCGUUUGUGGUUGUCUCUUGUCUUGAGUGUCUUUACUGUUUCGUCACGCAUGCGGUGCCAAACCAUCCUUUUCUUUUGUACUCUGCCGCUCACUCGCACGCUCCUGCGAUACCUUGUUCCACGUGGAUAUAUAUGGUUUACUUCGCAAUACAUUUCCUUCCUUGGUUCGAUUCGAUUCGGUUUGAUUUGGUUUGGGUUGGUCGUUACAGGGAUUCACGCUCGGGCUGAUACAAAUGGCCCUCAAAUUGCUGUUCCCGUCUCGAAAGCCCCCAAAAAAUUCCAUGAAGGCGCGACGAAGAACCGGGGGGAAGGCGCCAGGGGAAGAGCGGGUUAUCCGCACAUAGAUCGAGACCGCGUCACGAACCAGAACACCGCAUCGAUUCCAGCCAGGGUUUGGUUGGUUCGUUCUGUGCUGUUUGUAUGAACCCAGCACACCACGACCUCCAGGAAGAAACUUUUGAUUCCGCCGGUCGGAACCAUUCCCCCGAAAAAAUUUCAUAGCUUUGUUCAUUCCAGCCAGUCUCUACGACCACAUAUCAUCGAACGAAGGUGCGGUUUUACAUCGAUUGGCAAAAACAAAUGCUAUGAGUCGGCGACGGUCGUAGCAGGGAAACAAACCAAGCAUCGAAGAGACCCAAGUCGGGUGGAAUCUCCGUUGUCGGUAGUCUCUACCCAUAAAACACGAAAAUGCUCCGCUGGUCAAUUCGCAUCCAAUUUGUUGGUAGAACCAGGAAAUAAUCUCUGGGGUUUUGUCCAUCAUGUUUUCGGGUGUCCAUUGCGAAAGCCGAUCCUCAGUGUUUGACGAAAAUAUGGUCACUUUUUCUGAAAGGAGAGCAAAGCUUUCACACGACGAGAUUCUGAAUAAAAAUCGACUUAUCAU